ACACCCUAAAAAUAAACAAAUAAAAAGAAAUCCAAGAUCGCUUGGUUUCUAAUCCCGGUCCCAAUUCGGCAUCAAAAAGCAACUGAGCAUAGCUUGCGAUCGAGGAUUUCUUUUCGAUCGAGCGCCUAGGGUUUCUGUAACAUGCGAAAGAUUCGACUCUGAUUGAUUUUUUUUCGAACUGGGGGAAUUUCAAGAUGCGUAUUGAGGAAUUGAAUGAUUUAAAGGCGGGAAUUGAGGAGGAGGAGGAGGAGAUCUCCAGCGGUGGCGAUGAGAAUUUGGCGAUGAUCGAUGCGAAGAGGGCGGUGAUCGGCGUCGGAGCUAGGGUUUUGUUUUACCCUACGCUUCUUUAUAAUGUCAUCAGGAACAAGAUCCAGGCGGAGUUUCGAUGGUGGGAUGAAGUCGACGAGUUUCUUUUGCUAGGUGCAGUUCCAUUUCCUAGUCAUGUUCCAUGCUUAAAGAAACUUGGUGUUUGUGGAGUAAUCACCUUAAAUGAGCCAUACGAAACCUUGGUGCCUACAUCACUUUAUCUUGCUCAUGAGAUUGAACAUUUGGUGAUUCCAACAAGAGACUACUGCUUUGCACCAUCACUGGCAGAUAUAUGUAAAGCUGUAGACUUCAUCCACAAUAAUGGAUCGUCUGGGAAAACAACGUAUGUUCACUGCAAAGCUGGGCGAGGAAGAAGCACAACCAUUGUUCUAUGUUACUUAGUGAAACACAGACAGAUGACGCCUACUUCGGCAUAUGAGCAUGUCAGAUUAAGAAGGCCAAGGGUUCUUUUAGCUUCCUCUCAAUGGCAGGCUGUCCAAGAUUACUACCACCUCUUAACAAAGAAAACUGUAAUCUCACGAUGUUUACACUAUCCGAUCACAAAAUCACCAGCAACGCUAACCACAGGAAACCUUGUGAAAUUCGAUGAAAACUCAUUUGUGGUGGUAUCAAAAUCUGAUCUCGAUGGCUACAAACCCAAUUCUGAAUCCAGCAGAAUAUGGGAGCUGAGCUUGGUGUACAGAGUGCAGUUUGCUGGUCAAGCAGCACUCGCAAGCCUUUCGUGUUUCUGGCUCCGUUGCCAUUCAAGGGAUCAGAGUUGGUCUCCGGAGGCUGACAAGCUUUGUCUAGUCAGCGGUGUGGUGGUAAAAUUGUAAAUAAUUAUAAUAAGUUCCCUUUUUAUCUUUCCUUCUAUGGUCGAAGGCAAGCGUAUAUAAAAGUGCCUGUGAUAGCUUUUAAAAGCCGAGAUGGACGCUCAUUGUAAAUAUAUGUAAAUUGUGUAUAUACAACAAUAAAGUUGCGCUACAUUUUCCUAUGGAA